UCGUCCCUACCCGGAAUGUCUCGCUGGGACCCCAGGGGCGCCUUUCCUGUCCCUCCCCCGGCGUCAGGCGCUUCCGCCCAAGCCCGGCCCAGGACGAGGGGCAAGGCGCAUGUGCACACAGACUUCGCGGGAGUGAACUCUGCGCAUGCGCCUCCACGCGCGGCGCACCCGCGGAGAAUGGCUCAUCGGCUCGCGUCGGGGACUCUGGGGCCGCCUCUCGCUGCCCUGUGGCGAGGGGGCUGCCGGCCGCACGCAGGGGCUGGGCUCAGGGACCGGGCACCGAUCCGGCAGUGGCUCGAGGGGAUCCGCACCCUGCAGCAGGACAACCCGGGGAGCAGAGCGUCCUCUUGGCAAUGGCUCUGCUCAAAACCACCCAAAGGCUUUGAGAAGUAUUUUAAGAAGAAUGGAAGAAGUUCCGGCCCAGCAGAGGAUGCUCACGAGACUAAAGGCCUCCCUCCAAAAGCGCUCGGUCAUGGGGGAGAUGGCGGAGGAGGUGGUGGCAAGAGAGGAGGGAAGAAGGAGGAUUCUGGGUGGUGGAGGCGCAUGUGGAAGGGAGAGUUCCCCUGGGAUGACAAAAACUUCGGCUACCUGGCUGUCAUGGGGGCAGGCGCUGCUGUGGGAUUCCUCUAUUUUUUUUGGCGAGAUCCUGGCAGAGAAAUCAACUGGAAGCAUUUUGUCCAUUACUACUUGGCUAGAGGAUUGGUGGACCGUCUGGAAGUGGUGAACAAACAGUUUGUGCGCGUGGUCCUUGUGCCGGGUGUGACCUCGGAGAGGUACGUCUGGUUUAACAUCGGCAGCGUCGAUGCCUUUGAACGGAACCUGGAGACUGCCCAGCUGGAGCUGGGAAUGGAAGGCGCUCAGCGGGUCGCAGUGAUUUACACCAGGGAGAGUGACGGCACGUUCCUCAUGAGCAUGGUGCCCACUCUGCUGCUGGUUGGCUUCCUUCUGUUCACUCUGAGACGCGGGCCAAUGGGAGCUGGGCGCGGAGGACGAGGGGGCGGGCUCUUCAGCGUUGGCGAGACCACGGCCAAGAUCCUGAAAGACAACGUCGACGUGCAGUUCCGAGACGUGGCCGGCUGCGAGGAAGCCAAGCUGGAGAUCAUGGAGUUCGUGAACUUCCUGAAAAACCCCAAACAAUACCAGGACCUGGGCGCCAAGAUCCCAAAGGGUGCUGUGCUCACGGGCCCACCGGGCACCGGGAAAACCCUCCUGGCCAAAGCAACGGCGGGAGAAGCCAACGUUCCCUUCAUCUCGGUGAAUGGCUCGGAGUUCCUGGAGAUGUUUGUGGGUGUGGGGCCCGCGCGGGUUCGGGACAUGUUUGCCUUGGCCCGCAAACAUGCCCCCUGCAUCCUGUUCAUCGAUGAGAUCGACGCUGUCGGUCGGAAGCGGGGCCGGGGGAACUUCGGGGGGCAGAGCGAGCAGGAGAACACCCUGAACCAGCUGCUGGUCGAAAUGGACGGGUUCAACUCCAGCACCAACGUGGUGGUGCUCGCAGGAACAAAUCGCCCAGACAUUCUGGACCCUGCGCUGAUGAGACCAGGGCGCUUUGACCGUCAGAUUUACAUUGGUCCGCCUGAUAUCAAAGGCAGAGCAUCCAUCUUUAAGGUCCACCUCCGGCCCCUGAAACUGGAGGAAAGCGUCAGCAGAGACGCCCUGGCUCGGAAAUUGGCUGCGUGGACUCCAGGAUUCACUGGUGCUGACAUCUCCAACGUCUGCAACGAGGCUGCCUUGAUUGCCGCUCGCCACUUGAAUCCCUCUGUUGCCGAGAAGCACUUUGAGCAGGCCAUCGAGAGAGUCAUCGGGGGUCUCGAGAAGAAGACCCAGGUUCUGCAGCCGAACGAGAGGACCACAGUGGCCUAUCACGAAGCUGGACAUGCCGUGGUGGGGUGGUUCCUGGAGCAUGCUGAUCCCCUGCUGAAGGUGUCCAUCAUCCCCAGGGGCAAGGGGCUCGGCUACGCGCAGUACCUGCCCCGGGAGCAGUACCUGUACACCAAGGAGCAGCUGUUUGAUCGCAUGUGCAUGAUGCUGGGCGGCAGGGUGGCUGAGCAGCUGUUCUUCGGGCGCAUCACCACGGGCGCUCAGGACGACUUGAGGAAGGUGACGCAGAGCGCCUACGCCCAGAUCGUCCAGUUUGGGAUGAGUGACAAGCUGGGCCAGGUCUCCUUCGACUUCCUGCGGCAGGGCGAGAUGCUCGCAGAGAAACCAUACAGCGAGGCGACGGCCCAGCUGAUAGACGAGGAGGUCCGAAGCCUCAUCAACUCUGCAUACGAAAGGACCCGGGAGCUACUGACGCGGUGUCACGACCAGGUGGAGAAGGUAGGAAAGCGUCUCCUGGAGAAAGAAGUGCUGGAGAAAGUGGACAUGGUUGAAUUGCUUGGCCCCAGGCCCUUUGCAGAGAAAUCCACCUAUGAGGAGUUUGUAGAUGGCACCGGGAGCUUGGACGAAGACACCUCCCUCCCAGAGGGCCUGAAGGACUGGAACUGCGAGAGAGAUGAGGAGAGCCAGGAGGAGAGAGCACGGGAGAGCACCUCCUAGCAGUGAGAGCCAGCUGGGGAGGACCAUGCCAGAGCUGCUGCCAGCCCUUGCCGCUGGGUGGGCCCCGGUCUCCAGGGACCCUUUCUGAGUGCGUCCCCUGGUGAUACUGCUGACACCGGACAGAGCCAUCCAGGAGGCCGGAGCAGGAGCGAGGCUGUCUGUAAAUAGGAACAGCGGACAAGGCCCCUGCACUGCCGUGGUAGGGCUGGUGCACUGGCUUUCCCUCUGAAAGCUGCGGGUCCCGCCCUCUCCUCUCCCCAGGGGCCAUCCUAUGGCCUGGCUGGCUGACACCCAGUCAGGACAAGUGCUCGUUCCCACUGGCCGGUACAGCAGCUGCUUUCUUGGUGCUCAUGGCCCAGUCUCUGUGGGCCUGUUCAGUCUGUGCAGGGUGGAUGGAGCAUGCUCCUACCAGCAUCCACCUCUCCCCAGUAGCUGUCCCAAAGCCAGCAACCCUGGAGGGUGCUGGAAGGACUCCCCAGCCAUGGGGCGGAGGCUGGGAGCCCAGGCGAGCAGUAGGGUGAGCUGUCCGGGAGCCAGCUCUCCUCUGAUUAGCGACUCUGUCUAGGAUGCGGUUACCCUGGUGCUACCACAGCAUCCUCCCCGACUGUAAACCCCCCCGCCCCCAGCACAGCCAGCCCUGUAUGAGGGAGGCCAAGGAUCCCGGGGCAUGUCCUAUGGCUCCCUGGGGCGUUAGAAGAGCCAACGCCAAAGCGGAGGGGAGGAUGCGCAGACGGGGCAAGAUCCUCCCCUGCGAGUUCCUGUCCUCAGUGCCUUCCAUGCAGCCUUUGCAGGUUUGCAGCCGCACUCCCGUGAAGUCCUGCUUUGCCCUCGUAUCCCUGUGCAUAGGCAGUGACUGAGCAAGGACAGAGGUCUAGGAGACGAGCCAGAACAAGUCCAAAGAGCCUUUCAGAGCCGCGGCCACGCGCACCUGGUAGAAAGAGCCUACCUGUGGGAGGUCACUGCAGGGCUAGGCUGAGAGAGGCCCCCCCCUUCGCCUGAGGCACCCGGCUCCAGGGGAGCCAAGAGCUCCGUGGAAAUGGGCUAACAAAAUGGUGCUAAUUAAGUGACGCUGCUGUGGGCUCUGCCCCCUAGCCUGGCCCACCCACCCUGUUGGACGUUGGCAGGAGUAACUCUGGCCCUGUAGGACUCGGUGAGUCGUCUGGCAGUGUGGGGUGCUGGUAGUUGGAAGUUCCCCAGCUCAGACCCCUGUUCUGGGGGGUUGUGACUGGCCAUGUGAGUUCCUGGGGGCCUGGCAGCGGGUCUCUUGGCCUGGGGUGUCUUUAUGGCACCUAUAGCCAUGUAUCAAAGCAGAGUAGCUGUUGGCCCAGACGUGCCUGGGCUAGAUCCUCUCUCCGGGCGGGGCGUUCCUAGCUCAGGCCGAUGGGGUGGAAAGGGAGGCCUAGCUUCUAAAAGCUGAGACGUGGAUUCCUUCCUUGCGUCGAGCCUGUGCCCUGACAGGGCUUGGACUUUGCCUGCCAUGCCUACCUUGCGUGCAGGGGAUAGAUGGGGCCUGGGUGCGGCACUGCUCUGGCAUGGCGGAGCUUUGCGUUUGGGCCCCGUGCCAUGGCAGUUCAGAAGGUGACGUUUUCGUGGUGGGAGGCAGCUUUGCAAAUGGCCUGUGCAGCCUGGCAGGCAGGGCUUCCCUAGCGCCGGUGCCGUGCUUCACUCCUGCCCCGCCUGUCCCUCAGCCAGGAACACAACCGAAAGAUUGCGGCACCUCCCACUGCUGGAGGAGGCCACUUCAGCCAGGCCGCUGGAUGGCAGCCGUAGUGCCUUCCCCUGCAGCCAUCGGCGUUUAGCUUUGGAGUCCCUUUACUCCCAUUUCACGAAGGCAAAUGCAGACAGCAUAACCCUCAUCUGUUACGCUGACAUCCCCCUCUGCCUGGUCUAGUCACUUCCCCUGGCUGCAGGAGGGUCGAGCUCAGCUAUUCACCCCUGGGAGCAUGUUCCAGCCUUCUUGGGCUUAGGAACUGCAGUCCGUACUCCAGAGCCGGGUUCGCUCCUUGCCUCCAGGACCCACUGUCUGGGGGGCAGAGCUGGGCAUAUCUGCGUGGGGGGUGGAGGGGAGCACUGACUCUCAGAGCCCGGGUCAACUGACUCGGGCUGGUGCUAUGGAGCUAAAACUACCAGUCUAGAUGUGCCAGGCUCUCCUGGAAGCGUUUCACAUUCAUGUCACUCCGACAGGGAUGUGCUCUGCUGGCUAAGCAGCUACUGUCAGUCAUUUCCGCCCCUUGUCUGCUAGCUGUCCUCUGCGGUUCUCUGACAUUUGCCGCUUCCAAAACACAAGAAACUGGUACCCUGCAGCUCUCCUCUGACUAGGGCCUGCAGAAAAGGCCCUGGCUUACUCAGCAGAGCUGCCCACUGUUUGUUCCAAGUCGGAUCUGCUGACUAGCGGUGAGAAAAGCAUUUACUGCCUUUUACUCCCGAAGGACCAGGACCACAUUGUGCUAGGCACGAAAUUCAGUCUGUUACGCCACUGGAAACAGCAGGCCUGCGCCAAUGGCACAAAGGGCAUCAUGUGAAGGCAGGGGGAAUUACAUGCCUGGUGUUAAUGUACCCUGGAGCCCCACCAUUCCUGUGGCUGAUGAAGGGAAGAAUCCUGUUUGAUGUUCAGAUGGCAGACUGAGUUUGGGGCACUGGCAGUUAGACAAAUCAGACCUUUGCUUGUAAAUGGAGCCCUCUGAAUUUGACUCACCACCCAUAAACAUGAGCCGCUCUGAUGGAAUCCCUUUGUGACAUUGCCACGGCACUGUGGCUGUCCUGCCUUCCUUUCCAGCGGUGCCAUGCAGGUAGGGGGGAAGGAGGGAAGGAGAAGAUGGAGCUGACUAUAAUUAUUAUUUAUAAUGUAUUUCUUUUCACGUGGUCUAGCUGGUGUAGCAAUGUGUGCUUGGGAGGGGGAGGGCAGCACGAAGGAAAACUAGCUUUAUCGUUGUCUCCGGCGAUCCAGCCACGUGUCCAGACCCCCUUUACCACUUUGAUAACUGCAGAGUUGUGAUUUCAAAUGCAGGGUGCCAAAUAAACCCAACCCCACUGUGUGGUGAGGGAUCAUUC